AUGUUGUCCCCGUCGAUAAGCCGCGAGUCGUCGAGUUUCGUCGAGGUCUCCGAACUGGACCCGGACGCCGAGGAGCUCGAGUCCACGCCGCACUCCUUGUCGCGAGCUGUCUACGAGCGUCGUGCGGAAUAUACACGGUCGCAUUCGAUGAAAAUCAAGGUCGGGACUUGGAAUGUUGCCGCCUGUCCGGGAGUUCAUAACGAUAUCAGGAGCUGGUUUGUGGAUGGGAAGGGGGUUGAUACGAAGCUCGCGGGGCUCAAGAUAUCAGACCCGGACGGAAAAAAUGUUAAAGUACAAUCUAAAGGCGAUACUGGAGAUCCGAAGAGCAUACCAGAAACGCCGCUUGGCGAGGAGGGAAUCGUGCUUGGUGGGGAGCAUGUAGGUCUCUAUGUGCUGGGGCUACAGGAGAUUGUCACGCUGGCAUCUGCGAAGGAAUAUAUAGGCCGUGUCUAUGUCGACCCCGAACCACUGAAUAAGUGGAAGCGAGCACUGGAAGAGGCAGUUCCCGAUGGAUAUGAGCUUAUCGCCGACACGCAGAUGUCGGGGCUACUACUUCUCAUUUAUGCUUCCCCAGCUAUCGCGCCUACGGUUACCUCGGUGUCUUCUGUCAGUGUUGGCACAGGCAUAAUGGGGUAUCUAGGCAAUAAAGGCGCGGUCUGCACCAGGAUAGUGUUGGGAGAGACGACGCGACUGGCAUUUAUAAACUCUCAUCUGGCAUCGGGCACAGAGAAGGCACACUAUGAACGGAGAUGCUGGGACUACAAUCAGAUUACGACUCGCACCAAAUUUGAUCCUGUCAGUGUAGCUGGAGAGACUAGCGACAUCCAGGAGGUUAUUGGAGACGAGGACUUCGCGUUUUGGUUCGGAGAUCUGAACUUCAGGCUGGACGGGUUGCCAGGCGAUGACAUCCGGCGAUUGCUCAUGCUUCACGCGAGAGGCGAAUACGCGCCUGGAUCAAGCUCGAGGAAUUAUCUCGAAAGUGAAAUAGCGAAGUCGGAGGAACCGAUAUUGAUACGACACGUCGAGAGCGACGAUGACGAGCCCAUAGACCUACAGGCCGAAAACCCAAAUACGAGCAGCAGGUCCUCUUCGAUGGAUCUUCCAGACCCGGAUGACUUCUUGCAGGACCCCCAUUCAGAUCCUACCUCUCUACAAGCCACGUUAGACUCUCUACUACCCCACGACCAACUGCGAAGAGUUCAGCGGCAAAAGAAGGCCUUCCAUGACGGCUGGCGGGAAGGGCCAAUCACAUUUAUCCCAACUUACAAAUACGACGUGGGCACCUUUGGCGUCUUCGAUUCCGGCGAGAAGAUGCGACCGCCCAGCUGGUGCGAUCGAAUUCUGUUCCGAACACGUCGCGAUAAGUCUGAAUAUGAUGGGAGAGUACGGGAUGAAGAGGCUGCGCGGGUGAAGGACGAGGAAAUGAAGUCUCGUGGUAUUGAACAAGCCGCACAGGAUGAAGAAGUAAUCUUUGAUUAUGACCCCGCUAGCGAUGGAGUCGAUACAUACGGUGAUUACGACGAAUACGAUGAAGGAGAGGACAAUGGGGAGGAUGUUACUGUGAAGGACGAACACGCCGACAAGCUGAACCUUGAAAUUUAUACGUCACACCAGAGGGUUACUUCUUCAGACCACAAGCCUCUAGAUGCUGUGUUUACCAUAAGCUACGAUGCUGUGGUCCCAGAGCUGAAAUCAAGAGUUCACCAGGAGGUAGCCAGAGAGCUAGACAGGGCAGAGAACGAGCAUAGGCCUGGCGUGACAAUUCUAGUGGAGCAUUCUGAUUUCAUAGACGAGGCGCCAGGUUCCCAGACAACAGCAGAUGCCGCCGACGGUGUUAAUUUUGGAGAUGUCAAGUAUCUAUACAGCAAAGAACGGUCCUUGACGAUCGCAAAUACAGGGCAGGUCCCGGCCACGUUCGCGUUUAUAAGCAAACCAUCUAGACCAGGUCAGCCAGAUCAAGUAGCGCCGAGCUGGUUGAGGCCUGCUUUCGACUCUUAUGAUGAUGAUGGCGCGGUUAAGAGGCUCGAAUCGGAGGUUACGCUUGAGCCUGGAGACACUAUUAUGGUCACGCUGGAGAUCUAUGUGCAGGAUUUCGCACAGGUCAGGGCUUUGAAUAUGGGUGAGCUACAGCUGGAUGAGGUGCUCAUACUACGCGUCACGGAUGGGAGGGACUACUUCAUUCCCGUCAGAGGCACCUGGCUACAAUCGUGCUUCGGUCGCACAAUCGACGAGCUGAUCCGCAUACCCGAAGGGGGCGGGGCACGCGCUCUUCGUACGCCAGGGCAUAAAGAUACCGCAGAACAAAAUACGCUCUCGACAGUAGAUUCAAGUACUCUCACCGAGGCCGUACCAAGAGAACUCACAAAACUCACCGACACCUUCGAGCCCCUCCUCGAGCGCGCCAUCGCCGAGCGCGAAAUGACCGGCGCCUCCGAAACCCCCGUCCCAGACGCCUGGCCAUUCGAACCCACCACCACCUCGCACAGCCGCUCCCAAACCCGCGCCAACCUCCUCGAAGCCCUCGACACCAACACUCCCCUAAACGCCUCCUUUCCCCCUGGCAUUCGCGAAGUCGAGAAGCUCGAAACCACUGCUGAGGUCCUGCAGCUCUUCGUGGCAAGCCUUACGGAUGGCAUCAUCCCAGCCGCCUUCUGGAAAACUAUCGAUGACGACCUGGCGGCACGCAAGCGCGCCCCUACCCCUGAUGAAACUCGGAUUCUGACUAUGGUCCCCCUCGCUGAUUCGCCGCCACACAGCAUCGCCCUCGUUCACCUCGUCGUUCGCCUCGGCAAGGUCGUCUCGAUGCGUGCGCCCCCGCCUAGCUCCCCGGUCACGGAGGCGAAGCCCAGCCGCUUCGAUUUCAGGCAGUCGAUGGGAUAUGGGCGUGCCCGACGCACGACAUUAACGGAUGACCCGUCGCUGGCGGCGAGGAGGGCGAUUGAGAGGCGUAUUGCGGAAGUGUGGGCGCCGGUGAUGAUUAGGGGUCCAGAGGACGUGGGGGAGAAGGAGAGGAGGGCGAGUGAGGCGAGGAAGAGAGGCGUUGUGGAGGCGUUUUUGGCGAAGGAGUGA